CUUCUCCACGAGUCCGCGGGACCCAAAACAUCACUUUAUUGCGCAGUUCAUUUUUAAAAACGAAAUGUACAUUAAUCCAUAUGCCACCACGUCCAUAUUUAUGAUCUAGAUAAACUACAUCAUUUGCAAAUGAUGGAAAUAAUAAAGUGCACGCCAGCCCAUUCUCCUUCCCAGUGGUUCCUGGUUAUUUAACUUCUCAAUCUGCAUUCCAGCUCAUACAAAUCAUACACUCUUCAAAGUCGAGGGACUCCUAAUAGGGAGGAGAUCCAGAUCCUCGGCUCGGAGGUGUUUCCUUAAUUUGAAUAUCAACGUCGUGAUUAAAGAAACGAAGGAAAAGAUAUUCACGUCUGUUUUGAAAGUUUGGAUGUAAGGAGAACCUGCAACGGUGAGAAUCACGGUUUGAUCAGGAGCAAAUGGAGUGCUCUUCGCUUCUCCUCCGGAGACCGGCUGUUCUGAUUCAGGUCCUCGUUCUAACACUGGGCAUAACAUGCACCCAGACCUCCGAGGAGGAAUUCAUUACAUGGAAGUCAUAUAAUCCCCCCACCUAUGGGAAGAAGCCUCAAUGCAUUGACAUCCCCAGUGACCUGAAGCUAUGCCACAAUGUGGGCUACAAUCAGAUGCUGCUGCCCAACUUGCUGGAACAUGAGACUCUGGCGGAGGUCAAGCAGCAGGCCGGCAGCUGGGUACCUUUGGUGCACAAGGGCUGCCAUCCUGGCACGCAGGUCUUCCUGUGCUCGCUGUUUGCGCCCGUGUGCUUGGAUCACUCCGUCAUGCCCUGCCGCUGGCUCUGCGAGGCUGUUCGUGACAGCUGCACCCCUAUCAUGGAGGCGUUUGGCUUCCCCUGGCCCGAGAUGCUCUCCUGCAGCCAGUUCCCCAAAGACGAAGAAAUGUGCAUCGCCAUGAGCCGCGCCAACGCCACGGAUACCUCUGGAUCUGCAGCCACAGAGCCUGUCUGUCCACCAUGUGACAAUCAGUUGAAAAUGGACAUCAUCCUGGAGCACGUGUGCGCUAGUGAGUUCGCCAUCAAGACUAAAGUUAAGGAAGUGAAACUGGAAAACUCAGAUCGCAAAGUCAUCCUGCAUAAGAAGAAGAAGGUAUUGAAGCUAGGAAGCUUGAACAGAAAAGACCUGAAGAACCUGGUGCUCUACCUGAAGAACGGGGCUGACUGCCCCUGCCAGCAGCUGGACCACCUGACCAACAACUACCUGAUCAUGGGCCGCAAAGUGGACAAGAAGUACCUUCUGACGAGCAUCCAAAAGUGGGAGAAGUCAAGCAAGGAGCUGAAGAAGGCAAUGAAGAGGCUGAAUACCCACAAGUGCCCAGUUUUCGAGACAGUCUUCAAAUGAUCAGCUGUUCUGCCAUCUUUCGAAAGAACUUGCACAACCUAAAACAUUCUUCUUAUGCUUCUUAUGUUUAAAGUAUAUAUAAUUAUAUAAAUAUUCAGAUUUUACUCUUGUAGCAGAUUGUACCUUUACUGUGUAUUCUUGUAAGUCUGUUGACCUUUCCUUGAUUGAUUGUAUCAUACCAUGUAACUUGGCAGAGAUGUGACUGCGUCCCACAUCCAGUGGUGAUGUGAUGGUGCCAGACGAGGCCGAGCAGCCCUACCUCCUGCCUCCAGCGUUUUCAGUCAGACCAGUGUUGGACAUUAUUGCUAACGUUAAAGCAAACUUGACUCUCGUAAGGACUCCUCACUUGAUGGGCACCUUUUCGUUUCCUGUCAGUGUUUCUUACCUGUCAGUUCUUUAUGUAUUAACAAUACUUACAGAAGGUUUGUAGUUAUACAGAUAGUAUUCUUGCUGUCUAGUAGCAGGCUGUUUAAUUAAUGAGUUGAAAAGGAGCAACUUUGUGUCUUCUGUUUUGUGGUUUGUCUAGACAUCAGCUCUGGAGGGAUCAGUUAGGCUUGCUUGGUUCGUUUCCAGUCACAUCUGUUGCAUUAGUGGGGCCUUGGUAAGGGUGUACAGUAAUUGGCAGAAAAUGUUUUUAUUGUCAUUGUUUUUCACUUGUGCUGUCCUUAAAUAACAUCAGGAUUAUAUGAAUCAUGUGACAUGAGACACUAUUCACACAAUAGACAACUAUAUAUAACAGUAUAGGAAUACAGCCUGGCUAGUGGAUGUUUCGCCACUUUAAUACAUGCUUCACUAACACUUGUUUGUUCUUAUUGUUUUUGUUUCUUUUCUGUGAUUCACUGUGACUUGAUUUUCUUGCUUAAGGGGCUUGAUGCAUAAAAUUAGUGCUGCACUACCAUUUUAUUUGAAUCUUCUGGAGGGGUUAGCUUUCAUUUUUUUUCUGCCUGUCUGUUUGUGUUUUCCAUGUUUGUUAUAAAGUACCUGGCAAUACUGUGAAACACUGUUAAAACUUUUUUUUUUCCCUGAAAACUGAUUGUUUAUUGCCAAAUCUUUAUUCCAGUUGUUUCCAAAAAGUCAUUAUCCUAUUGGAAAUAGUGACUUGGCAGGAAUGCUGUUUUUCGCUUAUGCAUGAAAUGGUUUGACGGUAACCAUUGUCGGUGUUCAUUAAGCAGAAACAAACUAGUUAACCAAAGGUAACCAGGAAAAAACUUGUGGUAUCGUCAGGGUCAGCUACACUUUUGGCUCUGCUGGGAAUUGUGACUAUGGGCAAAUAGUAGUUUCAGGAGAAAUUGAUGCCCCACAAGUUUAUGACACAAUUCUGGCAACUCUAUAGUGAUGCCCUGGGGAAUGGAAAGGGCCACCCAAGUUAAGACUUAUCCUGUGCCUUUAUCCGGUAGUUGCUGAGGUCAGGGUAGCACUGAAUAGCAUAUCUUUUCUUCCAUCUUCAACCAAGAAAAGCUGCCAGGUGAACUUUCACAUCAACAGCCUGUGACCAUGAGGAGUUAAUUGGUGAUGGGGUCAGUGUCAGUGACCUCACAGUCUGCCUCUGUACUCACAGAGGGUUUAAUGCAAAGACUGUGAAGGCUUUCAGAGCGGCAGUCACACACAGACUUUUACAGUGGGUAAAGGAAUUUUCGUAAAAACCCUGAAAAAAAAAUCACCUUUGUUCAUGAUUAAAGCCCAAACUGAAUUUAGUUGCUGACCAUUGGCUACCAAAAUGCAGUGAAUGUUAGUGACUCCCGUCUGGUCAACUGUGCAGUGAGUAUCAUAAUCUGGUCUUAAUUUGGUUUAUAACUGAAUUGGUAAGAGAAACACAUGGUAAUAAAAAAUAUGCUUUGUAAUGCAUUCCCAUUAAGAGUGUAUUGUUGAAUAGGGUCAAGUUCACAAACUGAUGGUGAUCAGGACUUUGGGGUUUAUAUGGUGGGGGUGUCCCUGUUAAACUGAGGAUACACUUUAUUUAGGCCUGCAGCAUUAUGCAAACACCCUGUGGGUCUACCCUGAAUGGCAAUGGGGCCUGUUACUGUCUUUGUUGCUGACUGUUGGAUUGUACAUGAAAAGUUUAACAAUUAUAAAAAUGUUGAAAAUCAUGGAAUAACUGUGUGGGCCUUUCCCCAUGAAUUCAGUCUUCCAUGAGCAGUUAUUGUAUGACAAUAACAAAGAGUUUUUCUUUAUUCCUCAGAUUUAGCUCUUUGGGGGCUUGUUAACUGCAAUCUGCCUGGUUAUGUUUAGCUGUUAGGUACAAUAACAGCAUCAAUACCCACCACGUAUCAUUCUGUCCUUAUCUCAUAUACCAUUGUUUGAAUGUAAAUUAAAAUAAAUAAUUCACAAAACAAA